UACAUUUUACAUAUUCUGUUCGAUAUCCUAAAUUUCACCGCAACUUCUCUUGUUUCGAAUCAUAUUAUACAUGUAUGCAGCUUGGCACAAGCAAUAUUAGCAAAGUUCAGUUGUUAAUCCCAGGGGUUUCGUAUUGAGACUACUGAGCUAUUCACUAAGUUCCACUAAAAGCCGUCCUUGCAAUAAUUGACCGCUGCAUCACUGAAUUCGCGUUUCUUCGUAAUUCGUAGAAAUGAUGGGCAACUUGUAAAACUGAGUAAGUAAAUUUGUGAUCAAGGACUCGAACUGAGAUGAAGUGCUGAAUGUUACAAAACAUUUUCUUUGAAGAAAAUUUGAUUCAAACUUUAUGGAAGCAUUCAAAUUAAAAUCAAAUCGGAUAUUAUUAGACGCAACGCAUCUGCUCGCACAUUAGAGGUUCACGCAUGUGCGACAUCCCUUUGUUGCAAAAUCAUUUCGCACAUGCAAGACUCUCACGUGAGUGCUUCGUACACGCUGGACAUCAUGCGACGCCCUUGAACGCACCACGCUCUCUCGGACGGACGCCGAGCACUUGUGGAUUGAAAUUACUCGCACACGCUUACCGUCGACUCAGUCGCUUCUGGUUACGCAUCUCUGGAGGCAAGCAAGAGUACAAGCUCGUUAGUCCGAUGGCUGGUUGCAGCCAUCGCGGUGCAGCGCGCCGUUAAUUAGGCCAUGCCGCGUUAUAUGAAAUUAGUCGAAGCGUAAAUCCCAUCGUGUCCCCUCCCAUCCUCUCAUAGUACCAUCCUCAUAUAUGGCUUCCUCGUGUACAGCAGACUCGAUAUGGGACUGUUUAAGAGCGUGGAUACCAAUCUACCCGGGAUCACUCUUGUUCCGACGAACAAUGCCUCGUUCUCAAUCGCGGCGGCCGGUUCAUGCAUACAGAUGCGGAUUAGCGAUACGAGCCAGCCGAUUCGAUUCUCGUCGCGAUCUACGUGCACCGGUUUUUCCUGCGAGGGCAAAGAGUACGAGAGGAAUCAAUUAUCCAAUUACGUGGGCGCAAGACUCCACGCGAUUUACGAGACAAGAGAAAAGAACGAAGAUGGCCGUGGAAAUCUAUUUCGCUCGUGUACCUUUGCAGCGGAGGGUUAAUAUCUUUAAGAUGGACAAGGAAAUACAAGCGCUGUAAUGGAGGAGCAGACAUCGACGUUCGCUGGCGAGCGUGAUAACUGUAAGAAAGUAAAGAUCCGCAGCUAUUAUACGCGCACGGUUCUGUUUACGAGGAGGCGCGAUCGUUCGUUUGUGGAGAACAUCCGACGGAUGCGCGAUUACCUGCCUUAACUCGCCCAGUAACUCCCGACGUUGUCCAAUUUACGCCGAUACACGACGCGUGGCGAGACGACCGAUCGGCUAGGACAGGAUGGAGGCGCAGCGCGAGUCUGAUGCCGGGCGAGGAAAUCGCUCGCGUCGUCUUCAUCGAUCCACGCGAUUGGGGGAAUCGAGAAUCAUUUUUCAAUCUAGUUACAGCUCCCUCAUUUCCGCGUUUGUCGGCCUGUUGCGGAAGCAACGGACACCGGGGGCGAACGGAAAAAUAUUGUUGCCGCCCGGACGCGAAGGAUAAUAUCCUGGACGCGGAAGAGUGGGACGCACGCGGAAUUCUGGAAAAUCGAUACCGCCGUGCAUGCUUUCACGAUUGCGGAAUUAAUUUCCCGGCAAUUGUACCGUUUAUUUAGCCGGCGGUAUAUAAAUAUGUUAACGCACAGAUUUAUUUUGCGGAAUGCGGUCGUGAAUGCGUUACACCGCAUCGUCGUUUUGUUGUCUCGCUCGCGGAGAGAUUCAUCCGGCUUUAGAGAUAUUAGACUUUGAAGACUCGCACGGUUAAGGCUCCGUACAAGAAAAUGGGAACGGAUUAUAUUGAAAUUAUUGCGCGUAAAGCGGAGAAGAGAUGGAGGGCAAAAGGUGUGGCUACCGUAUCGUGGAACGCAACAGACAGUGUCCGUUACAUUCAGAUGGACGUAAACGCAGAACUCAGGCACCUGAACGCGAACCCCUCGGCUUUUCUAUUCGCCUUGAAAUGCUACCGUUAGCUUAUUAAUAAUGCACUGCUUUUAGUAUUUUAUUUUUAGCUUUGAAUAAUUUAACAACGGUAAACA